CAAGGGAUGCGAUUUCCAAAGCUGAUUGUAUUCGACCUCGACUACACUCUAUGGCCACUCUGGAUCGAUACCCACAUCUCACCACCCCUCAAACGCGUCUAUGCCAGCGCACUCAAGGACAGACAUGGCGAAACCCUGGCUUUUUACAAAGAUGUUCCAGGGAUUCUUGUGUCUUUACAUAAACAAGGUGUUGCACUGGGCAUUGCAAGUCGUACAUCUGCGCCAGAUUUAGCAAGAGAGGCGCUGACUUUGCUGCAAGUGCAAGGACACGAGGGUCCUGUCCUGAGCAUCUUUUCCAAAAAGGCAAUUGAGAUUUAUCCAGGCUCGAAGAUGAAGCACUUCAGAGCCAUUCACAAGCAUACGGGUAUUGCGUAUGAGGAGAUGAUCUUUUUUGAUGAUGAAGCACGGAAUCGCGAGGUGGCAGGACUGGGUGUGACGUUUGUACUUGUACCGCAGGGCGUGACGCAGUCUGUGUUUGAGCGGGGACUGAGGGACUGGCGU